UUCCCCUCCUCUGUUGGCCGAUGACCGAGUACAGUGGCCAGAUGAGCUCUUCUGGGGAGAACAUGACUCUGGAAUCUUUACCUCAGAACUGCUCAGGGUGCAUCCACAGCCCUUCCCCAGACCUUAAUGUCCCCAAAGCGGUGGCACUGGGUCUUGUGCUGGGAGUCUUCCUGGUGUUCGGGGUGCUUGGGAACAUACUGGUCAUCCUGUCGGUGCUGUGCCACAGACACCUGCGCACUGCCACCCACUACUUUAUUGCAAACUUGGCAGUGGCUGACCUGCUGCUCAGUGCUGCUGUGCUCCCCUUCUCUGUUACCUUUGAGAUCCUAGGCCGCUGGGUGUUUGGCCGGCUCCUGUGCAACAUAUGGGCUGCUGUAGACGUGCUCUGUUGCACUGCCUCUAUCCUCAGCUUGUGCGCCAUCUCGGUGGAUCGUUACAUUGGUGUGAGCUAUCCCCUGCGCUAUCCGGCCAUGAUGACAGAGCGCCGUGGGCUGCUGGCUCUGGCCCUACUCUGGGCCCUCUCUGCUGCAAUCUCGGCAGGGCCGCUCUUGGGCUGGAGGGAGCCAGCACCUGAGGACGAGUCUGUCUGUGCUGUCAACCAGGAGCCGGGAUACGCCAUCUUCUCGGCCGUAGGCUCCUUCUACCUGCCGCUGACCAUCAUCUUGGCCAUGUACUGUCGUGUUUACGUGGUGGCACGGCGUGAGACCCUUGGCCUGCGUGAGGGCCACAAAGCAGCCGGCUCCGACCUGGAGGGUGUGACGCUGCGUAUGCACCGUGGGAACACCGCUGUCUCGGAUGAUGAGGCGCUGCACAGCCGCACACAUUUCACUCUGCGCCUGCUCAAGUUCUCCCGUGAGAAGAAGGCCGCAAAGACCCUGGGCAUCGUGGUGGGCUGCUUCGUGCUCUGUUGGCUGCCCUUCUUCCUGGUGCUGCCCAUUGGCUCCAUCUUUCCAGCCCAUCGACCCUCAGACACAGUCUUCAAGGUCACCUUCUGGCUGGGCUACUUCAACAGCUGCAUCAACCCCAUCAUCUACCCCUGCUCCAGUAAAGAGUUCAAGAGGGCCUUCCAGAACGUGUUGGGCCUGCGUUGCCAUAGCCACCGGAGCGCUCCUCAUCUGGGCCCCGCCCUUGGCCGUUCAUCAGCCCUCAACACCCCCCCGAGGCCCUCCCCCAGCUGCGUUCCCACCACUAGCCCCAGGCCAAGCCAGGCCUCACCCCAGGAGGCUUUCGCAGGGACCCAGGCAGCGCGCGUGCACAGCAAACGUCUGCUGAGGGCCUGCUGCUGCGUGCGAGGGGCAUCGCGCCCAUUACGCCUGCAGUCCAAUCCCUGCAGUUGUGGCACAGCUGGCACACCUCAGCCACCACUCGCUAAGGUUCAUCAGCUGUCCCUGGGCUGGGUGGGCGAGCCCUUGUAGGAGCGCCAAGUCAGAGGCCAGAGCCAGCGGAGCUGUGUAGGGGCAUGAAGUCCCACACAUGAGGAGGGGGAGUAGCACCUGUGGACACGAAACACUGCAGGGUCACGUCCCAGGAGCAGAUUCACCGCUGCACCCUUGAGAAAGGUGUUCAACCUGCACAGUGACUUCAGUGAGACAGCCAGCUGUGUGAGCCGGUGGCGGUAUUCAAAGCUGAGGACAAAGCAUGGUACAGGGAUACAACACAGAAGACCACUGCGAACCAAUGUGCUGGUUUAAGCUUAUCUGGAGAACUGUGAGGUGGCCAGCGUGGUAUGAGCGAAACAAGCACUGCAAUGACUGAAGGGAACGUACAGAUGUCCUUUCAGAAGGUUUCUCUGCAUCUAAACAGUGACCUUAAUAUUAACUUUGUCUUUUCUGUACAGUUUGAGUUCUUCUAAAAGCAUGCUU